CAGAUUCAUGAUAUCCUGUUACGACCCACAGAGCAAGUUUCAUAACCAACCUCUUGUUACAAAACAGAGACAUAUUAAGGUUUACAUUAAUGUUAAAAUCAUUAUUCAGGUAUGUUUAACUACAAAAAGAUGUUAAACAUAUGUUAGAACGGUUUUGAAGAAUGUAUUUUGCCAAGAGCUUUAGCUAUUUAACUGUAAUAACCUAAGGUUAGUAAAUCUGUUUUAAAAAAUCAGGUUGCUUGAAUAUCUCCUUAUUACAAGAUUGAACUUCAAAAUAUUUCUUAAAACUUUUGAAAAAUGUGAUCGUAUUAUCACAAACAAGGGGUCAGUAGGUUACCAGAAAAAGGAUCUUAGGGUCAUAUGAAUCCUGAGGGUCACUAAGGACUAGCAACUCCUCUAAGCCUGUAAUCAGGCUUAAGGUUACCCAGGACACCACCGGGAUAAGAAUAGCCUCAACCUGACUGAGGCAAGUGGAAAUACUAGCUUACCGCCACAAUACUAACAGGGUGUCAUUGUUACCAAGGGAUUAAGGUGUUUUGUUUUUCAGCUAUUGGGGAGCUAGAUCUAUCAAAUGCACCCUCUGCUACUGUUACCAAUAAAAACCCACACAACAUCAUAUUCUUAAUGCCAAAAGUUGGAAAUGUCAGGAAAAUUGAGACAAGAAGGUUUUUAUGGAAAAUUGAUCCUUAGUAUGGCGUUUUCUCAUAAUUUAUAAUAUAAAAGGAAUGUUCAGACAUCCCAGACCUAUUUUGAUUUAAAAAAAUGGCUUAAGUCCAUGUAGAAAAUUAGAAAUUGAUAUAUAUUCUUCAAUAUUUUACAUUAUAUCAGUGUACAACAAUUGAUUUACUAUUUUGUGAGGGAAAUGCCCGAAUUCAGAGGGUAGCUUUAGUGGAAUGAAUCCCCAAAGCAUACCAUAGGGGUAGAAAUAUAACAAGCCUAGGAAGUUUUUCAAGGCAAAGCAUUAUCAAAUAGGCCAACCAAAAGUAUUUUUGUAACAUUUAUCUUAAUAGGGUAACCCAAAAAAGAACUAUGGGACCUUACAAAAGACUCAUCAAAGACAAAAGAACGGGUUUUUUCACUGAACAGCCAGAAUGAGUAAUUUAGGCCAAAUUGCUAGCAGAUGGUUCCCCUAAAAUUACAAGGUAAUCACAAAGAGGAGUUAUGUAAUAUAGGGAAAUAUAUUUAAUUUUUUCUGAUUCUCAUAGAAAUAAACUCUUGUUUAAGAAUUUUAUCCUGCCUGAGAGAAAAGGUUUGAAUGAAUGAUUAAAUUCACAAUCUAAGAAAAAA